AUGCAGAAAAAGGUAUGAAUCACUCUCAUGGCUGUCAUUGUGCUCUAUGUCUGUGUGCCAGGUUUUGUUUAUAUUCACAGACCCCCAACAUAUUUCCUGAUUGUUUUGCCGAAUAGUGACUGAUUGUGCAGCCAAGAAACACACUGCUGGUCUGUCCAAAUAAGUAAAAUGUGCAUUUUAUGUUUUAUAAGGUGGGGUCGAGGCUUGUGGUACUUGUCUGUCCAGAGUCCUAAUAGCAGGCUAAUAUACUGUAACUUAAUUGUGUGUAUUCUAGGGUUUGAGGUAAUCCAACAUAUAUAACAUGGUAAAAUGGCUUACCUUCCUUAGUUUGAGGCUUUGUGCUUAAAGGUUUAAUCCAACCCUUUGUUUCCCCCUAUUCUGUUUUUCAAUGUAUAAUGCCUUAUUGGGCAUUAUACAUUAGCCUCCCCCCUUUUAUUAAAAAAAAAAAAAAAAGUCUAAAAUAAAGUUAUUACUCACCUGGAAUCCAGCAUUGCUUUCCACGCUGAGGGAGAUCCAGCACCACGCUUGUGAUAGGACUGCACUCAAUAGCCUGAGUGCAGUUGACUUGGUAUAUGCAUUGUUCCAAGCUGAAACAUUGUGCUGCCUGGGCCCAAGGAUGAAAUGCUGCCCCCUUCACUAAAACAACGGCCACAUCCAUUAUGUUAGGCCCUUUUAUGUGCCCCUACUUUUUUUCCCUUCAUGUAUUGUGGCCGAGAGGACUGCGGUAGAGGAGCUUCUGACAGGAAGCAGUUCAGUUCUCUCACUGAGCGCUUCCUGUCUUUUUAAGGUAGUGGACAAAGAUCCUCUACUGCAGCAUGGUCCGCUAAGCCACAACUACAUGAAAUGACUGUCAGAAGGUGGAGCACUGUGCGCUCCCCUGCUGCCAGUCACCUGGAGCCCGAAUAUUGUGUCCCCUGGGCCGGUGCGCCCUAAGGCUGCCACCUGUGCUGCCUUGUGGUAGUGCCGGCACUGACUGUCCCCAAUAAUUCUGCUGAUACCUGAGGCUUGAGCUGCUCUAGGGCCUUCCUGGUGAAAUUUCUGAAAAUAAUACAUACACACAUUAACAUAAACUGCCCAAUACAUACAUAUAUAUACACGCAUGUACAUAAAACACACAAUGUCUAAUGCAUACAUACUGCCUAAUACAUAGGCAAACACAUUGGCUCAUACAUACGCAUACACAAACCUUCUAAUACAUAUGUACGUGCACACACUUUGGAUGCCCAGAGAGUCUUGGCACUGACUAAUACAUCCAUCACACAUACAGACUGCUUUAUAUUUAAACUGCUUAAUCCACACACACCCUGCCUAAUACAUACAUACCAAACACAACACAAGCAGCCCUCCCUUACAUACACAGGUGGGGGUUGGAGGAACUCCAAGCAGCCCAUUACACACAGCACAGUACCUCUUCCAGGCACAGGGCAGGGAGUGGCAGUUCCUGGAUGCUUCGCCCUCGCGGUACCCUGCUCGUCCUGAGUCACGUACCGGCUGUCCACAUCCUGUCUCGAUGAGGGUCAGGAAGUAGAUGAGCAGUGUACUUUGUCUCCAUCCCCGUCGGCGUGUGUUCACGUGGGGGCCUUCAGACAGUCAGUAGAGCUGCAGAGAGCGCACCCUCUAUCUAGGUAAAAUUCCCAUCUCGCGGGGAGACACACGAAGAGUGAAGGUAGGGAAUAAUUUAGCUGGCACCUGCCCUCUGUAGCCGUGCCCAUGGGGGGGUGGGGGAGAGAGUGAUACGCAUCAUAGGAACAUGCUUUGACAGAAGCGGCAAAAUGCUGCUCCUGUCAAAGUGCCACCUGGAGCCCUAGCCCCACCAGGGCCUAUGGACGGGCCGGCCCUGUAUAUUUCUACCACCUGAUCACUUCAGAUCACUGAUAGAUGGACUGGACUGGUCCCUUUUGCCUUCGUUGGACAGAUCCGCCCAUUAUGGGCACUGCCAGUGACACCAAUGUUGGGAGGUUUGGGCUAAAGAUAAUUUUAAUUGCAGUCCUUGGUUCUGCAAAAUAGGUGCAUGUAUUGCAUAAUUCAGGUCUACAAUGCUAAUUAAAUAAAUAAAUCCCUUUAAAGGAGCAUUGCAAAUAUAUUAUUUUUAAAGUCAGACAUGUUUGCUUAUUAAUUUAGAUUACUGGACCCCUUUGUUUAAAUUUAUAAACCAUUAACAACUAUUUAAACUUGCCCGUAAUCCUCACUGCAGCCCAAUCCAUCUUUUCUGAGGUCUGUAAUCAAAUGCUUUUCCUACAGCAGCAUUGAGGACGCAUGGCGCAUGUACUGCAAUUGCCGCAAACAUCUGCCAGUUCCAGAGCUCAUCACAGAAAAGCAUUGAUUGUGCUCAUUCUCUAGUGAGAAAUAUUAGUAUUGUUUGGUUUCUUCAUGAUGGAUCCGUGUGAACAAAUAGAAGUUUCUGCACCACUCAAGAAUCAUUUGAUUAGAAACCAAAUCUGACUCAUCUCUUAUAGGGGCUGUGAGGAAGACAACCACUUCAUUUUCUUUUAGCCAUUAAAUGUAAACAUUGCACUUUCUACAAAGCUGCAAUGUUUUACAUUACUCAGUUUGUAAGUAAAGGACCACUGCACUCAGACCACUUCACUGAGAUAAAGUAGACCUGGUGCUUUUAGUGGUCCUUUAAAGAGGAAACUGCUCUGGUUGAUGUUUUGGGCCGAUGUAAAUAUUUAUCUGAAACCGCUUUAUAUUGUCUGAAAAAAGGGACCGGGUCUGUACCCCAGAACCACUUUAUUCAAAUAAAGGACACUAAGCACUAAAACCACUGCAAAUCACUCAUCUCCAAUCAUUUCAAUGAAGGAGUUUGGGUGCAGUGGUCCUUUCAUUUAAAACCUUCCAUGUAAACCUUUGCCAUUUAGUAGAAACAAUAAUGUUUGCAUGGAAGGGUAAAAAUAUGGCUCUAAUGGCUGUCUUCCUGGCAGCCACUAGAGUCACGUCCACCUCCAUAGCCAUUUAAACUUCGCUAUUUAGUCAGAUUAGACUCAAAUAGACCAUUAGUUUGGCAUUGAGCAGUUAUGCCUCCCAGUGUUUACCUAUCACUCUUGGCUUAAUAACUGCACCGAGACCAGUGCAGCAAGCGACUAAAGGUAAUUAAAUCUCACCUCUUAAACCCUUGUGGUGGGGAAAGGGGGCAUCUAUAGGUAGGGAACACAGUAGUGUUGGAACUAUAUGUUUAAGGAUUGUGACCCAGAAGUGGUUAGAUAGUCUUUACCCAAGUCACACACACAGCUUUGCUUCCAAUUUGGAUAUUUUGGCCUUAAAUUUGAAAUAGACUUUGAAUCCCCAACAAUUCUCAUUUUAGUGAAUAAGCUUGUGAGAUCUACUGUUUUUUCCAAAUCUCUCAUUUGCAAAGGUUUUGUUCUCCAGUAGAGUCUGUUGUAUAAGGAUGUACACUGUUGCACUUUGACGGGCAAUAGGAAAGAAUGUUACGUUUUUAAGGUUAUGGAUACAUUCAAAUGAAUAUAUAUAUAUUUUUAAUUGCACUAAGAUUUUAAGAAUUAGACUAAGAUCGAUGUGUAACAAUAGUUACAUUCUCCUUAAUGCACCACCAGAUGUCCCGGUCUGCCUGAGAUUAAUGGGAGUCACAAUAACGAGCAACAGCCAAUGUUUCACAAUUGCAGUAAUUAAACUAAUUUAAUAUUUUACAAUUUAUUUAAAAAAAAAAAAAAAUUGGGGGAGGGGUGUGACAGUACCACAUUUUUAAAUUUUAUCAUGUCAUGAAAAUUGUGAUAGUCUAAUAAUCCUCUAUGGACAGUGUCAAUAAGAUAUUUGUAACAGAAGGGUAUCUUAACCAAAAUGUCUGCUAAUACCGAUGAUAUAGAAAAAAAAUAAUAAAGAGAAUCAGUUGGAGAUAGUUGACCACUGUGUUAUCUGAAUCUAGAUAGUAUUUUACUGUUUGGAUUUUUGGUCUGUAUUUAGCAAAAAAAUUAUCAUCUCACUGUUUAGUGAAUAGGUGCGUGUCUGCAUGGAAAAGUCUCAGCAGCUUGGGGACUUUUCCACCACUGUGGUUUCCUGUUAGAAAAUUUUCUACGUCUAAAAAUGACUCCAUGUGAAAAUGAAACUAAAGGCUGUGCUUGCAGUAUGGCUCAUCUCAUUGCUUGCAGCUGAGGAGCCUUCACUUACAAGAAUCAUUUGUGCUUUUUGUUUGUAUUUUAAGGUCACUACAAUGCCGAAUCUGAAGAAGAGCUCAGUGUGGCAUCACUAUACUGAGUAUACAGAUGGAAGAAAGAUUGUUGGGAAAUGUAAGUACUGUGGGCAAACCUAUGCAAACAAUGCAACAAGGAUGAAAAGGCAUUUGGCAACGUUAUGUCAGCGAUGUCCGGAGAGAGUGCAGGACUCAUUCAAGAGACUGCUCGAGAAAAGUGACUGCUCCUUACCGAUGAAAUACCUACAUCACACAUCAUAUGUAAGUUUUUUUUAAAUGGAUAUCAUCUACCAUUUUAUUAAUACAGCAAGCUGAUUUAAAAUAAUCUUGAUACAGAAACUGUCGCUUCUCAAGGAAAAAAUAAAAAUCUCUCACUGAAGUUUACUGGAGGGUGGAUUACACAUCCGUGUGUGGCCAACUGCAUCGGCAUCUGAUCUUCUGGGCAAAAAACUGCCUACCUACAUCGUUUUUUUUUGUUUUGUUCAUUAUUAUGUAAUAAUCCCAUGCCUUGUCCAUCCCCCACUCCCUUCCCCCCUCCCCAGCUGUCCAAUCAAAUGCUUCUUCUACGAGAAGCAUUAAAUUGGACCAUGGAGUGACGGGGUAUGCGUCAAGAUGGGGCAAAUAAACAAGGGAGGAGAACUUCUGCCUGCCCUGGACUCAAGGUAAGUUUAUUCUAAAACAAUUUUUAAUCAUUUAAAAAGGGUGUGGAUCUAGUAUAUAAUGCCCUGUGGAGCAAUAUAAACUUUAAAACCCAUAAUGUGAAAAAGGCUUAUAGUAACCUGUUAAAGCAAUACCCCAAUCAUCAUAACUACUACAUCAUGCCUUGGUGACCUCCCAAUGUAAGGAGUCAAACCAUUUAGUAAUGGGUUAAUGUCAUACCUAGACAACGAGAUUGUCUUUGGAAUGAGUCACAUUUUUUUUCUAUUAUUGUUAACAUGGCAAGUGGUGUCUGUAAUUAAUCAGAAUCGCUGAGUGGCUCCAAUGUACAGCAAAAUGGGAAAAAAAAUAUGAACUUAAGGGAGAUCCCCCUUAACAAUUCCACAGGGUUUAUGCAUUACUAUUUAAAAUAUCCUAUUUUAGGCUUAUUUGGUUCAUAGCAUUUUUCCUUGACUCUUGUAACUUUGAAAUGUGUGUGUGUGUGUGUGUGUAUGCAUGUAUGUAUAUUGACCUGGAAAAAUGUAAUUAUGUUUACUGUGUUUUGCAACAUUAUAGCUGAACUGAAAAACUUUAAUUUUAAAAAAAUGUUCUUCUUAUUUUUUAUUUUAGGAAGCCGGUAGUUCUAGUCAAGCAGCAGAUUUUCCUAUUGUGGAAACUGUAAAUGUUCCUCUGCUAGACCUAGAUGAAGGUCCCUUUUCCGCAUCAGGGUCACAAGAUGUGUCUUGUGAGGUUGAUCGUUCGACAUCAGUAGGUUCGGUAACCAGUUUUGUGGGUGCCGUGUCAGAAGUAGAUCAGGAAAAAGAAGGUGAUGGAUUUGUUGAAGUCAUGUCGCCGAGGAAUACACCUCUUUCCAUAAGUGAAAAUGAAGACUGCAAGCAGCCCUACAAAUUGAUGUGUCCAUCUUAUGCAUUGCCAUCAUCUUCUCAAGUGACCCAUUCUGUUAUAGGUGGACAGUAUAGUGGAAUACCAGCAACCAUUGCUCAGAAGAUCCAUCAAGCGGAAUAUCUGACGCUGAUGUCAGAUGGGUGGACAGAUGAACAAGAAAAUAGUUUAUUGAACAUUAGGUUUGCAACACCUGAACCAAUCUACCUGAAGACAGUUGUGACCAAAUCUUCAGAGCAGACGGGUGAAUACAUAGCCAAUUUGUUGAGUGAAGAGAUCGAAAGGGCAGAUCCCUUUAGGGUACAAGCCCUCGUCACUAACCAUGCAAAUAACAUGCAUUCUGCAUGGGAAAUACUCAAAUCCAAAUAUCCUCAUCUGAUAGUAUUUGGAUGUCUUACUAGUGGGUUGAAUAGUCUGGCAAACAGCAUAGUACACCUGAGGUCAAUAAAAACAAUAAUCUCAGAUUGCAAUGAAAUUGCAAAUGUGUUUAACAAUCAUCGCCUUAUUAGCUAUACACUGAAUCGCAUACAGAAGGAGGAACAAGGCACAGAAGGCAAACUAAUUUACGAGGCCACUAAGUGUUUAGAGAGCUUGCUGAAUUCUAAAAGUCGACUGCAGUACUCUGCUGUAGAUGAAAAAGUAUCCCAGAUUAUUCCAGUCAACAUUUGUAAGAAGAUUCUGGAUGGCAAUGUUUUUUGGGUUCAAGUCCAAGGAGUUUUUAACUUGUUGUUUCCUAUUUUGGAAGCUGUUAUGAAACUUGAAGAAGGCACUCCCAACAUUUCAUCUAUCCCAGAUAUUUUCAGGAAACUGAAUGAAAAUGUAAUGGAGAAUUUGCCGUCUUUAACGCUCCCUAAAGCAGACAAAGAUGAAGCAAAGCAAAUAUUUGAAAACUCCUGCAAAUUCUGCUGUCAUCCAAUUCAUCUAGCAGCAAAUCUUUUGGAUCCACGACACAGUGGAGACAACUUAUCAGAGGAAGAAUUUUGCAUUGCUCUUGAUGCCAUUGUGGACGUUGCUAAGAACCUUUCAAGCAUUGAUGAAAUGAGUGUGGUGACCGACCUUGCUGAGUACCGUGCAAAGGACAAACUUUGGAGCAGAGAAAUAAUUUGGAGGGCAGCAAAAACAAUGUCUCCUCUCACAUGGUGGAAGGGAUUUUUUAAAUCCCGUCAAUUGUCUAGGAUUGCAGUGAGGAUCCUAACCAUUCCUUCUACAGCUAGGUCCAAUGAACAGGCUUGA